AGCCCCGCCCGGCCCCGCACCUGCCCCCGGUGCCGCCCCGGCCGGCGAGUCCGGGCCGAGCCGCCUCGGGAGCUGCUGCCGGAGCCGGCGCCCGCCAUGGGCGCGGGGCGCGGGGGGAUGCGCUGCAUCAAGAUCCUGCUCUUCAUCUUCAACCUGACCUUCUGGCUGGCGGGACUGGCUGUCAUUGCCUUCGGGCUGUGGCUGCGCUUCGGUGGGGCGAUGGCAGACUUUGCUACAGACAAAAAGUCCCCGGAGUAUUUCUUCCUGGGACUCUACGUGUUGGUGGGAGCAGGGGCCAUCAUGUCUGCAGUCGGAUUUUUCGGGUGCUGUGGAGCAGCGCGGGAGUCUCAGUGCUUGCUUGGAGCAUUCUUUGCUUGCUUGCUGGUGAUAUUUGCAGCUGAGAUCACUGCUGGAGUAUUUGCCUUUCUAGGCAAGAAAGUGGCAAUACAGGAAGCCCAGAAAAUCUACGAAGAUGCUUAUGAUGACUAUAUGAAAAACCCAGGGGGGAAGGUCAACAGUACCAUCUAUCGCUACCACGUGGCUCUCCAGUGCUGUGGGAAAGGUAACGUGGAACAAGUGGCAUUACCCUGUCCAGAGAAUAUCCAGCUGCCAAAGAACUGCCUGGUUGAAAUUCAGAAUGUAAUUGAUACUAAUCUGCAUUUAGUUGGAAUUGUUGGAAUUGCAAUUGCUGGCAUCACAAUCUUUGGCAUGAUAUUCAGCAUGAUUCUGUGCUGUGUGAUCCGUAACACACGAGACAUGAUCUAAAACUUUCACUGCACAGCUGGGUCCCAGGAGUUCCAGACUAAGCUUACAAGAAGUGCUCUUCUACCCAAUUUAAUAAUUGUAAUGCAUUUUAAUCAGUGUUUUAACAUACUGAGAGGAAAACAUCCCAUUAGGUGAUCAGGUGAAUUGUAUUAGUUACAGUAAAACUGAAGUGAACAAAAAAAAAAAAAAGGGGGGGGGUUUUAAAAUGUUCUUUUUAAUGAAAAAAAAAAAAACACAAAAGGUUCAUCUAAGACUAAUUUGGUUUUUAAUGUUUGUAUAUGUGCAAUUAAGAGUUUACACAUGUGUAAGCACAUGCAUAUCUGUGCCCUUACAAAUGUAUAUGUACCUGGAUGUGCAGUACCUUGUCUGGGUAAGUAUGUGCAAAGGGAAGAUGUUGUGUGUGCAUCCAGAGUCUCCCUGUGCAGGAAUCUGCACAUCCCACAGGGACACAGUGCUUGGAACCCUCUCACACUGAGCCCCUGUUUGUUUGACAGGAAUUAGCAGAGGAACAAAUGCCACUGUAAAAAGUUAAGACCUACCACCCCUUUUGUAACUGUUCUUUCCAAAGCCCAAAGAGAGUAGAAUUAAUAAAAUUGGACUUUACUUAAAAAUAACUAAUGCCUAAGGGCCUGCUCCAGCAAACUUGAAUUCAUGUGAGUAGACCCCCUGACUUCACUGUCAUGCAGAGACUGGAUAUUUAUUUGUUUUUAGGACUGGACCCUUCAUGCAAAUGCAGAAAGCUCUGGGGGAGGAAACCUGUCCAAGGAGAUCCAGGCUAAGGGAAGAGGGGGAAAGAGGUGGGAAGCUGGCAAGGCAAGGCAGUCAUUUGGGAGCAAUUGCAGUGCAAAGUGUGCUUAAGCUUCCCAAGGAGCCUGAGAGACACCAAAAAAAACCCAACUGUGAGUUAAAGGGGCCACUAAAAUCCAUCUUCAGCAGCCCCUUUGUCCCAAAAGCCUCGCUGUGGCUACAAACUGGUGCAGGAGUGGAGCCCAGAUCCAGACAAGCAGCCCCUUUGUCAGAUCUCUCUGGAAUCUGACUGGCCUGUGGAAGCCAAACAAAGAGUGAAAACGGUCAGAAAAAGACCCACAGCACUUUAAAAUCCUCAAUUUCUGCUUCUGUGACUAUCACAGCUUCCACAGGGCUCUUUACCUCAACCUCUCACCCUUUCUUGUGGGUGCAAAGCAGGAAAGAAAGAUGGGACGUUUUUACAGAGCCACAAAGUAAGGUUUCUUACUGGCACCUUUAGAUUGCAUGUCAGGUAUAAAAAUGACACUGUGUGCUUGAAAUACCUCAGGGCUUGCGUUUACAUAGUUUGCUUCUAUAUUUUUAUUUUUCUAUUUGUCAUAUUUAUUCAGAAGAGAAUGUUCCUUUUGAACCAGACUAGGAGGGAGGAAGGUUGUCUCGAGAAGGGGAAAAUAAAUUACAGCCAAGGCUCAGAAUUUCUUAAUUUUUGGCUCACUUGAGAUAAUUCACCAUUUCAGAGAACAGCUUUUUGCUAACAAUAUCCCCAUAGCAGCUCUGUCUCUCUGGUGAUCACUAGUUCAGAUUUCUGAUGCAGUUGUUCCACACACAACUGGGAGAAGUUCUGUUAAACUACACAUCAUGGAGCAUUCUGAUGAGUAAGAGCAUUUACAAGCCAUGGGGGUCUUUAUUUCACUGAAACACAGUGGAAUGAAGUGGGAUUUCAGGAAAUAUGUGCAUUCCAGUGCAAGUGUUUGUGUGGAAUAUACCCCCUUUAUAUUUAUCUUUAUAUUUAUCUCGUGUUUCCAAAAGAAACCCAAACUCCCAUCACCUUUCUGUCACUUCAGGAAUGGAAAUAAGUGCUGCUGCUCCAAGCAGCAGGUUAAAUUGACACAUCUUUGCUGUCUUUUCCAUAAGUGGUGGCACUGCCAACUGAGCAGGGAGACAUUAAAUCACACACCAGGAGAAAGUCAGGCUUGGGUCACUCUGUCACUGGAUGCCAGUUAAAAACUGGGCCUGGGAUCUUCCUCUGGAAGUAGCAGACCAGGAAACAGGACCCUGCUCCUAAGAAAGGCCCAGCUGGGAGAAUGACAGUGGCAGCAAAUCCACGAGGGUCUCAGCUGAAACUCGGAAAUCAGUUUUUCCAAAUCAGCCAACAAAGUGAUUUCCUGGCUCCCAGGUACACCUGGGGCUUUGGUUCUGCUCUGGGGUGUGUUCUCCCAAGGUAAUACUGACAGAAAGAAGAAACCUGUGUAGAGUAUCAUUUUUGCCACUCAGAGCAAGCCAGCUUUCCAGGAAAAGCAGUAAAAAGAGCACCAUGCCAACAGCACUGUAGCCAGUGGUUCAGGUUCCAAGAUUAUUGCCCUUCAGGGAUAGAAACUGACUGGAAAUAAAGAGAUUUCCUUCUCACUCCCCCUCAUAAUGACAGUAUUUUAUUUAUUUUAAACACAUCUACAUAGAUAAUUUGCAGCACCAGAAUGUAAUGAUAGCACCAGAGUUUCUCUCCUUUAUUGUUUCUUAAGUUGGAAGAUGCCCACUCCUGCUUUGAGAUGCACUGAAUACCAAGGCAGCUUGCAGAACCUGCUGUUGCUUCCCCAGCAACCCCACCCUCACUCCCCCAGAAGUACAAAACCAUCUCAGUGCCUUAGGAAAACAGGGAAAAGUGGUACAAAAAGCCCUUCUAUAAAUUCAGACUCGAACCACCGAACUUUCUGCUGAAGUGUUUUGGGUUUGUGGUUUGUUUUUUGAUUCCUCUGAGGAGUGUGUUUAUUUUGCUGAGCGUUACUGCUCAAGGGUUACUGCUAUUUAGGUCUAGGGGAUACUUGCACUGCAUACCAGGAACAGAAUAUUGCCUGUUACUGGUCUAGUUCUCUAAGUUAUUGGUAUAAAUGAAGCUGGAAAUCAACAUGUUGUUCAUAUCCUAGUGCCUUUAAUAGAAUCCAGGGAUAAAGGUCUUUUGUUGUUUCCUGCUGUUGUGAGGUGCUUGAUAUAAUAGCAGUUUUCUCUGCAUUUUAGUAACUGAAGGUCUUUUUAACUCAUCAAGAGACAUCAAACCCAGCUGUUCUUUCCCUGCACCAGUACCUGCCACCUAAGGCAGCAGAAAUACCCAUUUAGUCCUGUCCCUUGCACCCCUUUCAGAGGAAAGACAAAAGAUCAGAUCCCUCCGGGUGAUAAUUCUGAAAGCACAUCACACAGCUUUUCUUCUUCGCCUCAGUCAAACAGUUUGUUCUAAAGCCUAAAGAUGUAAAUUGUCGAUGCCCUUAUUAUGUCUCUAAACACCCCUAUUCACGUUUCCCUCGCCUAAUUUUUCUAAGUAACUGACUUCAGUGGGAGCUUCAUUUGUCCCAGGAAAGCUCAGCCAGUUUUGGUACCUUGCAGAGACCACGCAGGGGCUGAUGAAACUCAGCCCUGUGACAUCCCUACCAUGAUGAGUCACCUUUCACUUGUCUCGAUACUGAUAGUUUUAUAACAAAACAUAUUUCGUGUGUCUUGAAAAAGAACUUGAGUUAUCUUGAGCCUUCAGACGCUGUGCUGGACAGCCUUUGGAGGCCGCGGAUUAACAGCUGUUCAGAGAAAAUGUGCGUAAAUAAAGCUUUUCAAUCUUCUUCCUCUCUACUGGUGCUCCAGCCACGAGGUUUUCCGAAACACAAACCACUUCCAGGAUAACGUGUGUGUGUUUUUACUGCACAAAUUGUGGUUUCGGACAGAACUGGCGUUUUUCGGUUCGUGCUGCAAAGUCUGCGGCAGAAUUACCUCUACGGCUUCUUGCUUUUGAGAGAGAAAACAAACUCACUCUGUGGCUGAAAUUAGCUUUCGCUUCCCUACGAUGUGUUCCGAAGUGGCGUUUUGUCGGCUUUGUGUCUUGAACUUGAAACGACUUCCUAAUAAAAAUAACCUGGAAUAA